AUGUCUGCGCCAAAGACCACCCGCUUCCUCUCCAAGUAUGACAGCACCGGCGGUUACAUUCACCGCGCUGAGGGAUUACGCUCGGGAGUGCGUAGAUGCGUAGUUGGUGUUGAAAUCAAGGUCAUUGGCAACGACGGAGGCGAGACCCUCGGGAUUCUCUCUGGCUUCAUCAGCCGCCUUGAUCGCAACGCCCCAGCUACCAAGACCUCUACAGGGACUUCAACGCUAACACCUCCUCUCGCACCUCCUCCCGCACCUCCUCCUACUCAGACCGCCCCUAUGGCUCCUAUCACUAGCAGCACCGGCCGCCAGAGCCAUAUACCGCCUCUUUCUGGUCUCAACCGUCGAAGCAACGCCCAUACUUCGGAGGAACAGUGGUCGUGUUUUUUUUUUUUGCUUCUGAUGCAACAGAAGAGCGAGGAGUAG